AUGCAGACUGUCCAGAAGGAACAUCCCUUUCAAGAUAAUGAACGCAUCAUGUGGCAUGGAACUGACGUAGAAGCUGUUCCCAACAUCAACAAAUAUGGAUUUAACAGGUCUUACAGCGGAAAGAACGCUACUUUGUUCGGACAAGGUGUGUACUUUGCCGUGGAUGCAAGCACCUCUUCCAUGGACAUGUACUCUCCUCCAGACACCCAUGGAAUCAAAUAUGUCUACAGGGCUCGGGUCCUGACGGGCAGAUACACCAAGGGGGAUGCCAAAAUGAGGGACCCUCCCCUUGUUGACCCUACUCGCUCUGUCAGGUUUACCUCAACCACAAACAACACUUCACGACCAUCGCUGUUCUGCAUCUAUCGGGACACACAUUCCUACCCAGAGUACCAGAUCUCUUUCCAGCUGUCACUGCCUCAAACAUCGCUAGAUCAGAACUCGGGACUGGGUCAGAAGGGCAGCUUUGAUCAUAGACUUGAGGACCUGCUUGUGUAA